AUGAAGCUGCAGUCAGAGGAAGUGAAGUCAUUUGAUGACUACUUCCUGAAGCUGCGUUUGGACACCAACACACGGAACCCGUGGUUCCCAGAGUUCUGGCAGUACCGCUUCCAGUGCCGGCUGGCCGGACAUCCACAGGAAAUGAAGAAAUACAAGAAAGUCUGCUCCGGUGAGAACCACUAAUAAACUACAUUACCCAGAGUCAUGAUGAAUUAGCAGGGUUUAGGUUGGGAGGAGGAAGGUUAUAUUUUGACCACAAUGUCAAUACAUGAUGAGUUAGGCUGGGAUAACAUGAAUAGUUAAUCUUAAUGUUUUGAAAUAGCAAUUGUAUGAUAAUGAUAUUGAGGUCUCCCUUUUUCCCCCUUUCCAAAUACUCUCUCUGCUUGCGAACAAAAGGUGAUCUAGGUAAACUGAGUUGUUGCCCCACCAAAAUCACUAACAUAUUUUUUAUGGAUAUUAUUCACAACAAAUCACAAUUAACAUACCGAUUAGAUGUAUUACCUGAAACAAUGCUCAAUAAGCAUGCUUUCAAACAUUUUGUUAGAAAAGCUUUUCUAAGUAUUGAUGUUGUUGUGAGUGUGUUCACCUCAACAUUUAGGUAUUAUACAUGUACUACUUUGUAAUACCUGACUCUCUUAAGACUUAUUAAGUAAACCAAUAUGGGUUGAUCUAAGAUAGUUUGCUGUAUCUCAUGUUAUGUUCUCUUCCUAAAGAUCUCCAAGGUGGUAAGUGUAUAUUUCAGGAUUAAGGAGAUGAUGACUUUACCUGCACUUGCAUCGUACUGUAUAAGCACAUCACUUCACUUCGGCAAGACUUGUAGAGUUUGACUGGUGCCAGCUCUGAGGAUCAUGUUGGCCUCUUGUUCUACCUCUAGACCAGUGAAAUAAAUAGAAAGCUCCAAAUUGGCUGCUGUGUUCGGAGAAAGCCUUUGGUAGGGUCAAAUCAGUCAAACUCUACUGUACAAGCUCUUGGGUUGUUUUUUUGAAAGUACUGCAAUGUGGAGGGAGCACAAGGAAGAAUGAGUCACUGAAACACCCCUUUCAGUAGAACACCACGGUAACGGUAUGAGAGCGAUGUGUUCUAUACCCCCUCUGCUGCCUAUCUGCAUGAUCACCACAGACAAAAUACGGCCAUUUUGUAAAUGUAUAGAGAAACAAUAGGAAAAUAUGGAGAGAAAAUGGAUUGAGAUUUAAGCAGUUAAACAUUCACGGAGUAGCACCUCAGGUACAGUAUGAUAAUAGGGUGAAUGAAUGUAUCUUUUAAAAAAUGUCACUAUUAGUGCUAUGGUUGCCCUAUUCCCUGUGCUUUGUUAAUGUCCACCUUUGAUUUGCCAGUUGUAUUGCCUGACAAUGCUUUCAGCUGGCUGAUCAAAAAUGCUUGUUACACAAUAUGGUGUCCACAGACUUAACUGUUUCUCCCUCAAGAUUCCUCCAAGUUCUGUAUCCUUUGGAAGAAAAUAAGCCUUUGAACACCUUAUUGUGAUCUACUGUAUGGUGUGUGCCAAUUCUAUUGUGCUGCAAAAGAGAGAUGUUUUUGUUGUAUGUUUUGAUCCAAUUAUAAUUCAAAACUCAGUUCUUUAUGGGUAGGAGAAGGUUAGUUGUAUAAUUCUCUUGUGGUACAAUAUUGUUUGUGACAAAAUGUUCACAUUGAUACGGCAUUGUAAAUCCAGCACAAACAAACAAAAUGUUCGCCCUCCUUAGAAAAACAACAUCAACCAAUCCCCCAUUUUGACAUUCUGUAAAUUUCUCACCAAUCCCUAGGCAACGAGAGUCUUCAUGAGAACUACGUCCAGGACAGUAAGAUGGGCUUCGUCAUUAAUGCCAUCUAUGCCAUGGCCCACGGUCUCCAUGACAUGCACAGUGAGCUGUGCCCUGGCCAGCCAGGCCUGUGUGAGGCCAUGGACCCCAUCGACGGCAGCAAGCUGCUGGACUACCUGCUUAAGACCACCUUCAGAGGGGUAUCAGGGGAGGAUGUGUACUUCGACGAGAACGGGGACACUCCUGGCAGGUGAGGGACAUGGAUGGAGUAGGAGGAGAGGAGGUGGCGAAAGGAGGAGGAGGAAGAGGGGGAUGGGGGGGUUGCUAUGGAGAAUUGUUGGUGAGCAGAUUUUGUGUGAAAUGACUAUGAACACAUAUGUAUGGGCAUACGUACACACACACACACACAACGUACACACACAAUGUACACACACACACACACACACACACACCUUAACCACUCAGAAUGAAUGCCUAAACUGUUAACCUUUGAGUUAUUUUUAUUUUAACCCUGUAACCACACAGAUUUAACCCUUUAACCACACGGAAUUAACGCAUCGAAAAUAAUAUGUCGAAUUUCGAAGGGAAAAUAUGAGAUCUUGUUGCCAGCCAGCUACAGAUAGUCCCUGAAAGACAGGUGAAAAACACCCCCAGUCAUCUGUUUUUCAGCUAGAGAUCAGAGCUAGUACUUAGGCAUGGCCUCAUAAUCAAAAUAGAUCUGGGUUCUAAUCCCAAAUUGGACGUUCUGUACCCCUCUAAGUGGCUUUACCUGAAAUUGCUUGGCAAAACUUCCAACUAUAUAGUCUGUAAGAUGUUAAAGUGAUUGAAUAAAGGGGUCUGCUCUAAGCAAGGGAUUUAGGGGUUAUCAUUAAAUCACCUGCCACUUAUUCACUCUUAAUUUAUCCCUUUCUCUCUUUCUCAAUUUUGCCCUUGCUCGGUGUCUUUCUCUCUCUCUCCCGUAAUCUCUCCCUGUCCCUCUCCAUUUAUCUCACCCUCUCCAUGUCUCCCCCCCCCCCCCCCCCCCCCCACUCCCUCUCUCUCUCACCCCUUCACCCUCUCCUCUCCCCCUCUCAGGUAUGACAUCAUGAAUCUGCAAAGUGUGGGAGACGGUAGCUAUGACUACCAGCAGGUGGGCUCAUGGCACGAGGGCAUUCUGAACAUCGAUGACUGGAAGCUGUGGAUGAACAACAGUGACAUGGUCCGCUCCGUCUGCAGCGAGCCCUGCUCCAGGGGACAGAUCAAGGUACAGACACUGAAAAACCACGCUGAGCCAGGUUGGGCCAGGGUGGAUUGGGAUAGGUCCUGAACCAGUCCGUCAGGAAUACCCAGAAUCCAGUUUAGUGCACAACUACUUUGACUAUGUUUGUGCUUUAAUGAUUUUGUUUAAUCUUAUUUUAACUAAGUUUGCUCUGUAAAUUGAUCCCUAGCUUAGGAAUUGAUGAGCAGAUUUAGUUCCUGGUUGAAAAGGUAUAAUUUCAUUGUGUAUUAACACAAUGCAGUGGAGCCUAUAUUAUCUUGAGGAAACACCUUGAGUCUCUCCAACCAGGGCCAAUGUUAUUCAGCCUGGCCAUAAGACCCCCAUAGGGAGCAUGCACACUCUCCUGUCUGCUUUAGCUGGGCAAGCAACAGCUUUGUUUACAGUGCUGUGCAUCACCCUGUUUUACAUAUCACUGCUCUGGUAACAUACACUCUAGGAACAGGACAAAGUAAAUGCAGCUGAGCUUGUCUAUUGGAAUAUAAUUUGUGUGCGGCUAAGGAAAAACUGUUACACCAUAUAGGUUAUUAUAAAAUGCACCUGACUUGACUUAUUAAUUUUAGCUCCAAGUGGCGCUUCAACUUGCACCAUCAAGGCCAUAUUAGACGCUAAUACCCAUCUUUAUAUCUGAUUGCGGUUAGUGCUGUGUGGGUGUGGGGGUUGUGAUUUGUUGUGGUUUGGGUAUUGGUAUUGUUUUGACUGAGAGCUUGUGACCUCUGACCUCUUUGUGAUCAGGUGAUCAGGAAGGGCGAGGUGAGCUGCUGCUGGAUCUGCACUACCUGUAAGGACAACGAGAUUGUCCGGGAUGAGUUCACCUGUCAGGCCUGUGACCUGGGCUGGUGGCCCGAUGACGAGCUGGAAGGUAACUAACUAACUAACUAACUAACUAACUAACUAACUAACUAACUAACUGGGAACUAUCUAUUUAUGUGCCAUAAUAACUGACUACAUGGCUCUACCUAGCUGUAGCUCCCCCAGCUCCUACCCCCUCUAACCCUACUAUCUUCUCUAACCUGUAUGUCUGGCACAAUACACAAAUUCAUAUAAUUUCAUAGCUCGCAUCCACCUGUGGGCUGCCACUCAAAAAUAAGAAGUUUUAAAAAGUACACAAAUACAAAGCAUUGAUCACCAUGAUCAUACCACAGAGCCAAAAAGUAACAAUACAUUUAGUGUGUAAAGAAAAAAAAGAAGAAACAUAUUCUAUUCUUGACACAAUACAUUAUUUACUAUUCAGUUCUAUUGAGUACAAAAUAAUCUGAAACACAACCAAAACAAACAGCACAUGCAUUCAACAAAUUUGUAGAGUCACAAGCUUGAUGUAGUCAUUGCAUGCUAUAGUACACACAUAAGUGAAUUUGUUCCAAUACUUAUGGUCCCCGAAAAUGGGGGGACUAUGUACCAAGAGUGCUGUCAUUUCUAAUAUGGAUUAAAAUACCCUCAAAUUAAAGCUGACAGUCUGCACUCUAACCUCACAGUCAUUGUAUCAUAACCAAAGUGCUGGAGUGCAGAGCCAAAACAACAACAAACUUGUCACUGUUCCAAUACUUUUGGAGCUCACUAUAUUUCUCCAUAUUCUGUUCCAGUUACUUUUUUAAUGGCUAGCUCAGAAUAUGAGAUUUCCAAAAGUUGCUCAUAUAUUAUAGAGAUCAGUCCUUUUGGGAGCCCAGAUCAUUUAUUUAGAAAUGCCAUCAUUGGAUGGUUCAGUUAUUGGGUUUCCCAAGGGACCAUAGAACAAAGGAGUUGCCUGGUAAUGUAUAUGUGUCUUUCAAAUCUUGGAAUGUUCUCAAACCAUUACUGCCCGUGAUAUCAGCAAGGAUACAGAUUCCACAUUUGGACCAUUGGGUGGAUGUAAAAGGCCGCCCUCCAGAUCGCAAAGCCUUAUUGUGAAAUAUUGGAGUGUGGGCAUGUCAUUUUGAUUUCCAGUUACGUUGUUUUUCAAUUUUCCACCAAAUAGAGAUUGUGUAAGCAAUAAUAGAACCAAAGCGUAGUUUACAUUGUUUAAGGGAUAUAUAUCAGUGAAGACCACCGCUUCCAGGGCAAUAGGAGACACCAUAUUUCUUUCUAUACUCAGCCAGGGGAAGGAAGAAUCAUGUCUAAACCAAUUUAGGAUGGGAUGAAAUGCUAAUGCCUGGAAAUACAAUUGAAUGUUUGGUACGGAUAGUCCUUCUACGUCUUUCCCUCUUUGUAAGUUUGUUAAUUUUAUCCGGUAUCGCUUACCUUGCCAUAUAAAUUUUUUAACCGAACUAUGGAUUUUAUCCCAAUAGCCUGAAGGGGAAGACAAGGGAAACAUUGAACUACAGAAAUUCAGCUGUGGCAAUAUAUUAGUUUUGACAAUAGAUAUUUUGCCGGUUAAAGCAACUGGAUUGUUAGCCCAUCUGCUGAGGUCGGAUUGAAUUGAUUUGAGUGUUCUGUUAAAGUUUCUAGCAAUGGUUUUAUCUAAGGUCUAGAUAAAGUAGAUAUCGUCAGCGUAUAAUGAGAUGACGUGAUCUGUAAAAUUGAGAGAUAUUGGUGUAAUUUCUGUUGAUUGUAUAAUUGCCUGGGCCGGGGGCUCCAUAGACAAUAACAAUUGCAGAGGUGUGAUGGGAUCACCUUGCCUGCUACUUCUAGUAAUUCUGAAUGGAACAGAGCAGGUACUGCCUGUUAUUACUAUGGCUGACGGAUUGGCAUAUAGUAUUUUAAUCAUAUUAAUGAAAUUGGAGCCAAGUCCCCUAUGUUCCAAAACCAACCAAAGAUAUUAACAUUCUAGUCUAUCAAAAGCUUUUUCUGCGUCGAGAAAUAGAACUGCCCAAGGAGCUUUGGUUUCUGAUGAAGGAUAUACAGUUGAAGUCGGAAGUUUACAUACACCUUAGCAAAAUACAUUUAAAUUCAGUUUUUCACAAUUCCUGACAUUUAAUCCUAGAGUUAGGAUCACCACUUUAUUUUAAGAAUGUGAAAUGUCAGAAUAAUAAUAGAGAGAAUGAUUUCUUUCAGCUUUUAUUUCUUUCAUCACAUUCCCAUUGGGUCAGAAGUUUACAUACACUCAAUUAGCAUUUGGUAGCAUUGCCUUCAAAUUGUUUAACUUGGGUCAAACGUUUCGGGUAGCCUUCCACAAGCUUCCCACAAUAAGUUGGGUGAAUUUUGGCCCAUUCCUCCUGACAGAGCUGGGGUAACUGAGUCAGGUUUGUAGGCCUCCUUGCUCGCACACGCUUUUUCAGUUCUGCCCACAAAUUUUCUAUAGGAUUGAGGUCAGGGCUUUGUGAUGGCCACUCCAACACCUUGACUUUGUUGUCCUUAAGCCAUUUUGCCACAACUUUGGAAGUAUGCUUGGGGUCAUUGUCCAUUUGGAUGACCCAUUUGCGACCAAGCUUUAACUUCCUGACUGAUGUCUUGAGAUGUUGCUUCAAUAUAUCCACAUCAUUUUCCUUCCUCAUGAUGCCAUCUAUUUUGUGAAGUGCACCAGUCCCUCCUGCAGCAAAGCACCCCAACAGCAUGAUGCUGCCGCCCCCGUACUUCACGGUUGGGAUGGUGUUCUUCGGCUUGCAAGCAUCCCCCUUUUUCCUCCAAACAUAACGAUGGUCAUUCUGGCCAAACAGUUCUAUUUUUGUUUCAUCAGACCAGAGGACAUUUCUCCAAAAAGUACGAUCUUUGUCCCCAUGUGCAGUUGCGAACCGUAGUCUGGCUUUUUUAUGGCGGUUUUGGAGCAGUGGCUUCUUCCUUGCUGAUUGGCCUUUCAGGUUAUGUCGAUAUAGGACUCGUUUUACUGUGGAUAUAGAUACUUUUGUACCUGUUUCCUCCAGCAUCUUCACAAGGUCCUUUGCUGUUGUUCUGGGAUUUAUUUGCACUUUUCGCACCAAAGUACAUUCAUCUCUAGGAGACAGAACGCGUCUCCUUCCUAAGCGUUAUGACGGCUGCAUGGUCCCAUGGUGUUUAUACUUGCGUACUAUUGUUUGUACAGAUGAAUGUGGUACCUUCAGGCAUUUUGAAAUUGCUCCCAAGGAUGAACCAGACUUGUGGAGGUCUACAAUUUUCUUUCUGAGGUCUUGGCUGAUUUCUGUCAAGCAAAGAGGCACUGAGUUUGAAGGUAGGCCUUGAAAUACAUCCACAGGUACACUUCCAAUUGACUCCAAUGAUGUCAAUUAGCCUACCAGAAGCUGGAAUUUUCCAAGCUGUUUAAAGGCACAGUCAACUUAGUGUAUGUAAACUUCUGACCCACUGGAAUUGUGAAACAGUGAAUUAUAAGUGAAAUAAUCUGUCUGUAAACAAUUGUUGGAAAUAUUACGUGUGUCAUGCACAAAGUAGAUGUCCUAACCGACUUGGCAAAACUAUAGUUUGUUAACAAGAAAUUUGUGGAGUGGUUGAAAAACGAGUUUUAAUGACUCCAACCUAAGUGUAUGUAAACUUCCGACUUCAUCUGUAAUAUAUGUAAUAGACAAUGGAGGUUAUCUGAGAAUAAUAGUUUUUUACCAAUUUAGGUUAAUACGUUUUGAGAUGGGACGACAGAAGUUUAGAAGAUAUUUUAAUAUCUGAUGUACUGAUUUCUAUACUCUUAUUCUCUCUGUUUCACUCUGUCACGCCCUGACAUAGAGUUCGCAAGUUGGUUUGGUCAGGGUGUAAAUAUCUAUGUAUGUGAAUAUCUAUGUUGUGUAUUUCUAUGAUGGCCGGGUGUGGUUCCCAAUCAGAUGCAGCUGUCGAUCGUUGUCUCUGAUUAGGGAUCAUACUUAGGUAGCCAUUUUGCCUACCUAUGUUGUGGGAUCUUGACUCUUGUUUGGCAUGUUUGUGUGUAGCCAUUGUGAGCUUCACGUUACGUUGCUUUUGUUGUUUUGUCGUGUGUUAACUUAGUUAAUAAACAUGUAUGCAUUCCACGCUGCACCUUGGUCCAAUCCUGUAUUCAACGAACGUGACAGAAGAUCUCACCACCAACGGACCAAGCAGCAUGCCCAGGAGGAGCAAACACCCUGGACACAGCGGGACGCAACAUUGGUAGAUGUCCUCCUCGGUUGGGGGAAAAUUACAGAGGAGUAAGCCGUCCGUUACGGUGAGGUAAUGGAGGAGGUCUGGAGUCCGGAUCAACGGCGCUGACGACGAAUGAAGCCCGAGAGACAGCCCCAAGAAAAUGUUGGGGGGGGGGGGGGGGGGGGGCACACGGGGUGGUCGACGAAGCAGCAGGAGGCCGUGAAAGGGCUGACUGUGGAGGAGGAGGCCGCUAUUGUAGAGGUCCUCCAAGACCUGCGGAUCAGCAGUAUGAGAGAGGAGGCCACCACAUUACGGGGGCUGUUAGAGAAGAGGGAGCAGGAGCUCUCACUUCAGAAGGAGGCGCUGCAGGAGGCCCAAAGGGAGAAGGAAUUAGUGGAUGCACGGAGAGAGGAGCUGGCCAGGCAAGAGCUGGCAGAGCCAACUCCCCGUACUCAUUUACAUUUUAGUCAUUUAGCAGACGCUCUUAUCCAGAGCGACUUACAGUUAGUGAAUACAUUUUUUUUUUUUAUACUGGCCCCCCGUGGGAAUCGAACCCACAACCCUGGCGUUGCAAACGCCAUGCUCUAUCAACUGAGCUACAUCCCUGCCGGCCAUUCCCUCCCCUACCCUGGACGACACUGGGCCAAUUGUGAGCCGCCCAUGAGUCUCCCAGUCACGGCCGGCUGCGACAGAGCCUGGAUUCGAACCAGGAUCUCUAGUGGCACAGUUAGCACUGCGAUGCAGUGCCUUAGACCACUGCGCCACUCAGGAGCUGUAAGGAGAGUGGUGUUCAUUGACGAACCAAGUUAUGCGGAGAUACGCACUGUGUCGCCAGUGCGCUUUCACAGCCCAGUGCGUCCUGUGCCAGCGCCCCGCACAUGCCGUGCGAAAGUGGGCAUCCAGCCAGGACGGGUUGUGCCAGCUUUACACUCCAGACCUCCAGUGCGCCUCCACGGUCCAGUAUAUCCUGCUCCGGUUCUACGCACUGUGUAACCAGUGCGCCUCCCCAGACCGGUACGCCCCGUACCUGCUCCCCGCACCAAACCAGUGGUGCGUGUCUCCAGUCCGGUACGGCCCAUGCCUGCUCCUUGCACCGAACUAGUGGUGCUUGUAUCCAGUCCUGUACGGCCCGUACCUGCUCCCCGCACCAAACCAGUGGUGCGUGUAUCCAGUCCAGUAUGGCCCGUACCUACUCCCCUCACCAAACCAGUGGUGCGUGUCGCCAGCCCGGUACGCCCCGUGCCUGCUCCCCGCACCAAACCAUUGGUGCGUGUCGCCAGCCUGGUACACCCCGUACCUGCUCCCCGCACCAAACCAGUGGUGCGUGUUUCCAGUCCGGCACGGCCCGUGCAUGCUCCUCGCACCAAAUCGGGGGUGCGUGUCUCCAGUCUGGUAUGUCCCGUGCCUGCUCCUCGCACCAGACCAGUGGUGCGUGUUCCCAGCCCGGUGCGGCCCGUGCCUGUUCCUCGCACCAGACCAGUGGUGCGUGUCCCCAGCCCGGUACGGCUGGUGCCAGAGCAGUCCGCUCCACCGGUGCCUGGUCUAGCUCCGGUCAGCUGCUCCACUCCAGUGCCAGAGCAGUCCGCUCCACCGGUGCUUAGUCCAGCUCUGGUCAGCUGCUCCACUCCAGUGCCAGAGCAGUCUGCUCCACCGGUGCCUAGUCCAGCUCCGGUCAGCUGCUCCACUCCAGUGCCAGAGCAGUCCGCUCCACCAGUGCCUGGUCUAGCUCCGGUCAGCUGCUCCACUCCAGUGCCAGAGCAGUCCGCUCCACCGGUGCCCAGUCCAGCUCCGGUCAGCUGCUUCACUCCAGUGCCAGAGCAGUCUGCUCCUCCACCGGUGCCAAGUCCAUCUCCGGUCAGCUGCUCCACUCCAGUGCCAGAGCAGUCUGCUCCACCGGUGCCUAGUCCAGCUCCGGUCAGCUGCUCCACAAAUUACAUUGCUUUUGUUGUUUUGUCGUGUGUUAACUUAGUUAAUAAACAUGUAUGCAUUCCACGCUGCACCUUGGUCCAAUCCUGUAUUCAACGAACGUGACACUAUCACCUAAAGACAUUACUCUCUCUGUCAUGUGCUCUGCCUUCCCCAACUCUUCUCUCCUUUCAUCUCAACUACUGCUCUCUAUCUGUCUCUCUGUCUCUCUGUCUCAUCUUCCUCCUCUUGGUGCCUUCCCCUCCCUCUUGCCUUCUCUUCUCAGCUCUCUCUCUCUCCACUCUUCCCGCUUCCCCCUCUGUGCCUUCCCCCUGACCCAGGCAUUGUUUUGUCAGCGAUUCGAGCUGACGGGAGCUCUCUCUUCUCCUCUCACAGCUGCUAGGUGAAAAAACCCAUUAGCUCUUUUAGAGGACACAGGUAGAUUUCCAACAGUUUGUCGUCUGAGAUGAAAUUCCCCUCUUUCCUGUGAGUCCCUAAGCAUGUCUGGGGAAUACUAAUAGGGAAUAUAAUUCCCAGAUCCGAGUGGAAAAGUGGAAAGGUGGCUAUUUUUAUGACUCGUCAUUCUUACUGGGGAAACCAACGUUUAGAGAAGGGAAGGUGUUGUGAACUUGACGAGCGAGGAAGUGGUGUGAGUCUUUUAUAAGUAAUGUUGAAAUUAUUCAAAGAUCUACUUACAGCUUUGACAGGAUUGUGUAGGGAAGAGAAAUAAGGGAUUUGAAGAUUUUUGAGAGCGAGGAUGAUGAUAAAUGCAUUUCAUAUUUGCCUCCCUUUUCCAUUGCCGGUGUGUGAGCCUGAUGCCUUGAUAAACUAAGCUUGGAGGCCAGAAAUGUAAAAAUGAUUGUGAUUUGGGUUAUGAGAACUAAAUGAUGCUGGUUGUGGUGGCAUAGACGUAGGCAGGGCUAGUCUGUGGUGGUGCUGUAAUGCUAUUAGCUUGGAGCGCUGUGUAAUACAAGGGUUUUAAGCUGAGUCUGGGGACGUCACUUUCCUCCUAUUAAGCCCUUGCGAGUCUCAGUGUGUGUCUGAUGACAAAUCACCACCAAUGCGACAUGAUGGACAGCUACACACACAGACACACACACACACACACUGACUGACACACACACACAUACACACUUUACGCUGCAGCAUAAGCAUGAGAGGAAAAUCGGACAGAUUUGGACCGUGUGUUCUUGAGUAAUUCUUCAGUCUACCCAUGUUCCCAUCUUUUCCAUUUACAGAGCUUCCUAUUUCUUUUCCACAAUUUACAUGCUUCAAUUAUUAGAUAGACAACAAUAGCAUCUCUCCUUUCCUCUGUCCUCUGCAGGUUGUGUGCCCCUGCCUCUGAAUUACCUGGACUGGUCAGACGUGGAAUCCAUAGUGGCAGUGUGUUUGUCCUGUGUGGGCAUCCUGGUCACCCUCUGGGUCAUCUUAAUCUUCGUGGUGUACCGCGACACGCCCGUGGUCAAGUCGUCCAGUCGUGAGCUGUGUUACAUCAUCCUGGUGGGCGUCUUACUGGGUUACAUCUGCCCCUUCACCCUGAUCGCCUAUCCCACCGUGGGAUCCUGCUACCUGCAGCGUCUCCUAGUCGGCCUCUCGGCUGCCAUGUGCUACUCCGCCCUGGUCACCAAAACCAACCGCAUUGCCCGCAUCCUGGCCGGCAGCAAGAAAAAGAUCUGCACCAAGAAGCCCCGCUUCAUGUCGGCCUGGGCCCAGGUAUUCAUCUCCUUCUUCCUCAUCAGCCUGCAACUCAUCCUGGAGAUAACCCUGAUCAUCCUGGAGCCGCCCUUGCCCGUCAAGUACUACCCUAGCAUCCGCGAGGUCUACCUCAUCUGUAACACUAGCACGGUGGGCAUGGUGGCACCGCUGGGCUACAACGGCCUUCUCAUCAUGAGCUGCACCUACUACGCCUUCAAGACGCGCAACGUCCCGGCCAACUUCAACGAGGCCAAGUACAUCGCCUUCACCAUGUACACCACCUGUAUCAUCUGGCUGGCCUUCGUGCCCAUCUACUUCGGCUCCAACUACAAGAUCAUCACCACGUCCUUCUCCGUGAGCCUGAGCGUCACCGUGGCGCUGGGGUGCAUGUUCUCGCCCAAGAUGUACAUCAUCAUCGCCAAGCCGGAGAGGAACGUGAGGAGCGCCUUCACCACGUCUGAUGUAGUCAGAAUGCAUGUGGGAGACGGCCAGGCGGCUCAGCAGAGCAAGAGCAUUCUCAACAUGUUCCGUAGGAAGAAGAACAGACAUGGAAGCACCAAGUGAGUAACCUUCAGUGAUGUUCAGAACUCAGGUCCUAGAGAUGAGGGCAUAUAGAAGGACAGAAUAGGGCCUGCACACUCAUUUGGAUCCAAAAGUUGUCUUGUGACUACAUUUAACAUGUGUUUGUAGUCCCUACUCUGUCAUUCUACUGUUUUCUGCCCAAAUAUGAUGACAUAUAAUGUGUGUUUGACUAUACAUUUUCUUGGUAGAUUAGCCAAUUAGAAACUAAAUGUGAUAGAUAUUCACAGAUUCACAGAUGUAAUGCUGAGGUAAUAUAUGUUGAUUUAACUCAGAACUGGGCGUAUCUUCAAAGCUAGUCCAAUUGCAAGAUUAACACAAAAUAAUGAGAGCGUAUACUUUAUGUAUGAUGAUUAAAGAAUAGAUUUAAAGUGGAUUCCUAAUAGGCGUUCCACAGCAAAGAUACUGACAGUAAGGAUUGAGACGGGAGAUGAGAGAAUGUUGUCUGAGUGUUGUCUCUCACCAUUGCUCUAAUAUGCCCCUCUCAAACUCUUCCAACAGACAGAGGUUGACUCUGACAGGCUAAUGUUUAGACACAGGGCUUGGCAAACUCCUAUCCUUGAGGACUGCGGUGUCUUUGGAAAAUAAGGGCUCAGUGGUUAGUAGGAGGAGGGUCUACUAAUCUUUCUUUAUAGCUCCAGACUGGUUGGUGAUUACAAGGUAUGAAUGACAGCCAGGAGACACUGCAGCCUUCAAGGGAAGGAGAUGUGCACACCCCUGGUUUAGGCACUUUUGGUUUGUCCUGAAUUGCCCUCACAUUUAUCCCAGUUUGAAGCAUGAAUGCCUCUCUGUCUCCCUCACUAAUCAUAUAAGAGAUACAAAUCUAACCUAGCCUGCUAUGCACAGCACUAAAACCUUGUGUCAUGACUUUUUGUCAGACAGUACAGGCACCAGAAACAUUUUGCAAGUGCAUGUUGCCCAUCUCAGCUUGAUAAGGACUUACUGUAGAUAGACAGGUCUACAUUUGGUGGAUGGCUCAAAAUACUUUGAAUUCAGCCAUCUAGGAUUCAUAAUUCUGUUCAAACAGAACAUUAUGAAAUUAUGAAUCACUAAGUAUUUAGUUAAGUGCGCAGAAUGAUUAUUAAAAGCAUUGCCUCUUAGAAUUAAUGAAUGACCCACAGAACUGCUGCCUCUUAAUGUCGUUAAAACGUAUUUAAAGAAUUUUAACAUACAUAUAGAAAUGUUGAAAUGCUGCUGUUAUGUUCUAUUGUGCUAUAUUGUUGUUGUUGUUGUCUAACCCUUCCCCCGGGUUGUCUCCGUCAGUAACGGCAGUCUUUAUCUCGUUCAUAGUUCUAAUGGCAAGUCUGUGUCAUGGUCUGAACCAGGUGCAAGACACCCUCAGAGGGGGGGGAAUGUGUGGCACAGACUGUCUGUGCAUGUGAGGAAACAGGAAGCCGGCUCGAAUCAGACGGCGGUCAUCAGGCCCCUAACUAACGCCACCGUCGACCCCCACAGCUGCGACCCCCGCCACCACCACCACGGCCCUGGCACCAAGGCUCUGUACAACCUGGCGGAGGAGGAGGGCGAGGGGGGGGAAACACGCCCUCUCUGGACUCCCCCCCACUCCCACUCUGGAACGCUCCACGGGCAGGACUCGGAGGAGCCACCCUCUUAUUCUCACUUAACGGACUGUACCACCGAGCAUUUGCAGGGGGCGAUGGUGGACACGUACAGCUCCAAUGUCCCUGGAUUUAACGACACAAUGGGUGCCUCCGGCAUUCAGGCCAGCUCCACCAACCAACUCCAAAGUUUCACCUCCUCUCAGCUUUCCCAUCCCCUGCAAGGGGGGGCUUCUUUUGGAGAGGAGGGCCUCAUCUCCCCCCUGGAGGGGGCUGAGGGAGAGGCACUGGACCUCCUACACAGCUACACGGAGGAGGAGGAGGAAGAGGACGACGACGAUGAGGAGGAGGAGGAGGAGGAGCUGGCUCAGAGUAAGCUGACUCUGGAAGACUCCUUGACUCUGACUCCCCCCUCCCCCUUCAGGGACUCAGUGUGUUCUGCUGGGUCGGUUCCCGGCUCCCCUGUCUCUGAGUUGGUCCUCUGCAGCCCCCCGAGCUCUGCCUACUCCUCCGUCAUCCUCCAGGACUUCAGACAGAGCUCCUCGACACUGUGA